GCCUCACGACACUGGCUCUUCGUCCACCAACAGAGGCCAGUUCGCGAGUAUUUUUUAAUUCCCCGUCUCUCUUUUGAAAUUCCCGACUACGCGCUCUAUCGCUCUGUGACAUUUACAAUUUCGACGUAAAUUUAAAAAAUCAGCGUCUUUUAUCUUUCGAGAGUCGCGUCAAACGGCGUGUUGCAGAGCGCGGAUAAGUUAAAAAGUGAAGGCGAUCGAAGGCGAAUAAACUUUUAUUGAAUAUUCAUCGCUACGACCUCGAUUGCAAUGGAUCCGGAGAGUUUCAAAGAUUUUGCGAAGGAAAUGGCGGAUUUCAUCGCCAAUUAUCUGGAGAACAUUCGUGAUCGGAGAGUAUUGCCAACGGUUGAGCCCGGAUACAUGAAGCCUUUGCUCCCAACCGAAGCUCCUCAAUCACCAGAAAAAUGGCAAGACGUAAUGGCAGAUAUCGAACGAGUUAUUAUGCCAGGUGUUACUCACUGGCAUAGCCCAAGAUUCCACGCUUACUUUCCAACUGCUCAAUCUUAUCCGGCCAUCGUAGCUGACAUGCUCAGCGGAGCAAUCGCUUGCAUCGGAUUUACUUGGAUUGCAAGUCCGGCUUGCACCGAGCUCGAAGUCGUGAUGCUCGAUUGGCUGGGAAAAAUGCUCGAUCUUCCAAACGAAUUUUUGGCUUGCAGCGGAGGAAAAGGCGGUGGCGUUAUUCAGGGUACAGCUAGUGAAGCAACUCUCGUCGCUCUUUUGGGUGCCAAGGCACGAAAGCUUCACGAAGUGAAAGAGGAACAUCCAGAUUGGAAGGAGCCCGAAAUAAUUGGAAAAUUGGUGGCUUAUGGUUCAUGUCAAGCUCACAGCUCGGUGGAACGUGCCGGCCUCCUCGGUGGUGUGCAGUUUCGACUGCUUCCGGUUGAUUCGAAAAACAAACUACGGGGAGAAACAUUGGCCGAAGCAAUUCGCGAGGAUCGUGAAAAGGGCCUCAUACCUUUUUACGCGGUUGCAACACUCGGGACGACUGCCGCAUGCGCCUUUGAUCGAUUGGACGAAAUGGGACCCGUCGCGAAUCGGGAAGGUGUCUGGCUUCACGUUGAUGCCGCAUACGCAGGCUCGGCUUUCAUUUGCCCCGAGUUUCGCUACCUCAUGAAAGGCAUUGAAAACGCCGAAUCCUUCGAUUUUAACCCGCAUAAAUGGAUGCUCGUCAAUUUCGAUUGUUCUGCGAUGUGGCUCAAGGAUCCUACUUGGGUUAUAAACGCUUUCAAUGUUGAUCCACUUUACCUCAAACACGACCAGCAAGGAUCGGCUCCUGAUUAUCGACACUGGCAGAUCCCUCUGGGACGUCGUUUCCGGGCUCUGAAGCUUUGGUUCGUUUUGCGAUUGUACGGUGUCGAGAAUCUCCAAAACUUCAUAAGAAGCCACGUCUCACAGGCUCAUGAGUUUGAAGCUCUCGUGCGUGGGGAUCCCCGAUUCGAAAUUGUUGCAGAAGUUGUCCUCGGCCUCGUUUGUUUCCGACUUAAGGCAUCGAAUGACGUCAACGAGGCCCUUUUGAAGAAGAUCAACGGAGCUGGAAAUAUUCACCUCGUCCCAUCAAAAAUCGAAGACAUGUACUUCCUUCGUUUUGCCAUAUGCUCGCGAUUCAGCGAGAGCAAAGAUAUCCAAAGCUCUUGGCGGGAAAUAAAACUCCGCGCUGACGAACUGCUCGACGAACAAUCCAUUCCCAAGUGAUGGCGGGCUCAGAUAACACGUGGCUGUCGAGCUCUAGCUCCUGCUACAUGUAAUCAAUCGUAACUCGUUUCUCUCCACUUUUUCUCACUAGUUUCCCCCCAUUUUUCAUACUUUUCUCUUUUUUCUUUACAGUUUGACUUUCAUUCAGUAAAAAUCCUCUUCAUUUUAUAAUUAAGCCUUUUCAUUUCGCGAAUCAUGAGCGAAUAUUUAAUUUUUUCUUCAUCGAACAACAGUGAGUUUUCAUUUCUUUUAUGCUCUUCUCUCAAAACUCGAAAAUUAUAAAAAUAUCUAAUUUAAAACAAAACAAAAAAAAAAAAAAAGAAAAUUUUCGAGCACUUCUGUACGAAUUAUUAUUGUUUCAGGACGUAUUUAUUUUUCAAUUUAUCAAAAUAAGAUCCAACAAUGCUUUUCCGCACAACGUGGCGGAAAACGAGAAACUUGACUUAAAAAUUCGUUGUAAUUCAGCGCUUCCGAAAAACACUAUUUUUUCUCCUAAGUUUGUUCCUACGACGAGCGAUAAUCCAACGUAGUAAAAAUAAUAGUUUUGAUCGCAUAGAAAAACUUAGUAGAUUUCAAAAUAAUUGUCAAAUAAUGGACGAUUAUUAUUCUGAUCAGAAAUCAAAAAUAUCUUGUUGAAUUUUGUCGCUGGGUGCGUUCGAAAAAUUCCCACCUAAAUAGUGUAAAUUAAACAACUCGAUGUUCUUCGCUUACUGUAAAAGAGCGAUAUACGUUAAAUUUCUGGGAUUUAACAGAAAAAGUGAAAUUCGAGAAGAAAAUAUAAUGUAAUUGAAGGUUAGAAUGUACAUAAGUGUAUUGUAUUAUAAAACGAGCGUUCAUGAACAUGGAAAAAGAUGUCUAAAAAUAAUUUUCAGGAACAGCGAAAAUAACAAGCUCUUGAAUAUUUAUGUAGCAAAUAUCGUUAUUUAUUGGUAAUUUUAUCAACGAGGCAAUACACGAAUUUAUUCUUCAUAAUAUGCGCUCGCGUUUCAUAGCUGCAGUCCAAGACAAUAAAACUCUAUUUUAGGGACCACGACAAAGAGAUUAAAAAUUUCUCUUGGUAUCAUGGGACCAACGAGUAUAAAUUCGUUUUCGUGUCACAUUUUUUUCGACUUAUUCUUCUGUAUUUAUCUGUAAAGUAUUUUUGAUAAUUAUUGCGAAUCGCAGAUCCGAAAUUUGUUCUAAUUUUCUUCACACCACUCCGACGAUAAAAAAUCCUGUCAUUGUGACCUUCCAAACAGGGUCAGUGGAAAAGACGAUUAUUUUAGAAAAUGAGAAAAAUAAUUUUCAAAGGUUCCUUCAUUCUCUGAGAAAAGCUCACAAAGCAAGAAACAAAUAAUGAACCUAAUCAAAACCAAACAAAUAGAAAAAAAAAGUCAAAUAAAAAAGAAAAUCCUUCAAACCUUUUGAAAUUGACACAAAGAAGAAAAAUAUUGAACCGAUAUUGAACUGGAAUCGCGAUUCGCAUUAAUCAUCGUAUUGUGCAUUAAUGAUAUGACAAUGUUGUCAAAAAAAAAAGAAAAUUCUUAAUGUAAUUGUUCGAUAGAAUGAAAAUAUUGUUGAUUAGUGUGUUACAAUAAACGAUCGUCGUGCAAAUCUA